AUGAAGUGGAGUCUGAUUCUGCUCUUCCUGAUGGGUCAGAGUUGUUUCAUCGACUGUCAGCUCUAUGAGUAUCUCUACAUUAAUGAGGCAAAGACCUGGACUGAAGCUCAGCAGUACUGCAGAGAGAACCACACUGACCUGGCCACAGUGUAUAACAUGACAGACAUGAAGAGACUCCUCAGUACCAGAGCAGGAUAUAAUAGGGAUGCUUGGAUUGGUCUGUAUGAUCAGAGAGAUGGUAUCAGAACAUGGUACUGGUCUCUGCCUGAAGUAGAGUUCAAUGAAAGUGAGACAAACUGGGACCAAGGAGAACCAAAUGAUCACGAAGGGGUGACUGAAAACUGUGGGAUUCUGAUGUCAAAUCUUGAAUGGCAAAAUAUUCCUUGUGAACUUGAAAGACCUUUCCUCUGUUAUGAUGAAACUAAUAGAACCCAGAAAUACCACUUGAUUAGAGAGGGGAAGACCUGGCAGGAAGCUCAGAGUUACUGCAGAGAGAAACACACAGACCUGAUCAGUGGAAUGAAGCAGCUACAGGAUGGAGAACUGGAGAAAGUGAUGAGCUCUACACAGAUUAAAACAUACUUUGGUCUCUUCAGAGACACCUGGAGGUGGUCAGAUGGAAGCAGUUUCUCUUUAAGACACUGGAAUGACCAGUUAAACAAUCAGCAAUACAACACUGGUCGAUGUGCUGUUGCUGGGACUGAUGAUGAAGGCAGAUGGAAGACUGAAAGCUGUGAUCAGAGAAAACCCUUCAUCUGUUAUGAUGAUAAAGUGAUCCUGGUCAAAGAAAAUAAAACCUGGGAGGAUGCCUUAAACUACUGCAGAUGUCACUACCAUGACCUGGUCACCCUCACUAGCCUGGAUGAGCAGAGAUGGAUCCAGGAGAAAGCCAAGAACGCCUCGACUGAUUAUGUCUGGAUUGGACUGCGCUACAACUGCUUUAAAAACAUGUGGUUCUGGGUCUGUAAGGAGAUCAGGUUUAACCGUGAAAGCCAGGUCUCAGAAGAACAGAUGAGAAACUGUGACAUGUCUGGAGCCAUAGACGCAAGAGGGAAACAUAGGUGGAUUCAGGGAAAUGACACAGAGGAACUGAAUUUCAUUUGUUCUAAGGUAUAA